UGAUAUAUUUCAAUGUUUUGAAUUUUGAAAUAGCAUUUUUUAUAUUAAUACCUAAGUGAUAUGUAUUAAGUGACAAUAAAUAAUUAAAAUGGGAUCACCAAGUGUCUGCCGUUGUUGUUUAGCUGAAGGAAUGCACAGAGACAUUGAUAUUCCAUACAUUAAUAAAGAAAGUAAAGAAAUUUAUUCAAAAAUGCUUCAGGAAUGUUUUAAUAUUGAUCUAUCUACUCAGGAGUCAAAGUCAAUAUGCCUGAAAUGUAUAGCAAAGUUAAGAGAUGCCCAUGAUUUUAAGCAGCAAGUUGCGUAUGCAGAAAAGAUAAUUUCUAGAAUAUUGCAGGAGAAAAGGGUUGAUGCAGUAACUAUCAAGUGUGAAAUGAAGUCCGAGGAUGAGAAUUGUAAUGAUGCAGAAGACAGCCUAUUCUUAAAUGUUGUAAAAGAAGAAGAAUUAAAAAAGAAAACAAAAGAAAAAGUUAAACUGAAAAAACCAAGAGGACUGAAGAGAAAUUUAGCUCUUAUUAAAAGAAUUUCAAAUGUAAAUGAGCUAAAAUUAAUUGCAAAAUCUCCACAUGAGAAGGACAAACAUAAGGAAAAUCUGGCAAUACUUUUAAAAUACUCAAAUGUAUUGCCUUUUAAGGACAGAUCCUUGGUUGGCUUCAUCUGUGGAUAUUGUGAUAAAACCUAUGAAGAUCCAUUAGAUCUUAGAAUGCAUACGGAAAUUGACCACAAGAGUCAGAGGCUGGAACUAUACACACCAUCGGACUUAAAUGACUAUCAAAUAAAAUUGGAGGUCUCUAACCUAAAAUGCACAAUAUGCGAAGAACAUGUAGAAAAUUUACAAAAACUCAAAGAGCAUUUAGUGAAUAGCCACAAUAAAUCCAUUCAUAAUGACAUUAAGGACCACUUAACUCCCUUUAAAUUGACAAAAGGCGAUAGUUUUAACUGCAUAAUGUGUGCUUCGACAUAUGAAACAUUCAAAAUGCUCAAACAACAUAUGAAUGUACAUUAUAAUAACUAUGUAUGCCAUUGUGGAUCCACUUUCAUAACCAAGAGAUCUCUGAAUGCACACAAAACUACCCACAUUAAGGGUAGUUUUAAAUGUGAUUUAUGUGAUAAAAUAUUUUCAAAUCGAGCUAAGAAAUCUUACCAUGAAAGAACAUCUCACUUAGGCUGUCGAAAUAUAAGUAACUGCCCAUAUUGUGAUGAAUCGUUUCGAAGUUACUAUCAACGGAACCAGCAUUUGGUGAAAGUACAUAAUACAGAAGCACAGUAUAAGUGUAAUAUAUGCAACAAAGGGUAUAUUCUAAAGAGCCUUUUAAUGACCCAUAUUAAAAAAAAUCAUAUGAUGGAAAGGAAUUACCAAUGUGUAGAAUGUGGGUACAAGUUUUUUAAUAGGAAAACACUAAAGGCUCAUAUGGUAAAGCACACUGGGGAGAGGAAAUAUGCAUGCGAGAUAUGUACUAAAUCAUAUGCAAGGAAAUAUACAUUAAGAGAACAUAUGAGGAUACACAAUAAUGAUAGAAGGUUCAAAUGUGAAUUAUGUGGUAAUGCAUUUGUGCAAAAGUGUAGUUUGAAAAGUCAUUUGCUGUCCCACCAUGGUAUGAGUAUUCCAGCUAGUGAGAUAUCUGUUACAUCUUAAAAUAUUGUCUCUUCAAUUUUUUUUUGCCGUCUCAGGAAAAUUCGUAGACAUGCUGAGAUAUGAGUCAUUUUAAAAUAUAGCCUAUAGGUAAUAAAGAAAAUUUUACUGAUACUGCUUUACGAAAAGAAUUUUUAAUUCACGGAAAAAACGUCAUAUGACUAAGGUCUUUUAUUUGGUAUAUUUAAGUCUAAUUUAAUUGUUGCUUUUUAAUACUGUCAAUUAGAUGUUCGUAAAUUUAAAGUUAUAACCUGAAAUGCUAACAUUUAAAUGAGAUAAGAUGUAAAAACAUAUUUUGAAUUAAACUAAGGAGUCUUGAUUGGUUUAAAUCAUAAACAGAUGGAAACGAUAAAAUUAAGAAAUAUUGCUAUUUUAUAGAAUUCUAGAACCAUAUAUAUACAUUAAACCAUUAAUGGGACUACAACGGUCAAACAAAAACAGUUUCCUCGUUAGUGGUAUAAUCUAUACAAAAAUAAGUAUUCUGUGCAAUUUAUGCAUAAAUCCCCACUGUAUAAGCAUACUCUGUGAUAUACAUACAACAAAGACAAUUAUUUGAUUUUUAUAAAAGAAAACUAAUUUUUUUAUGAAGAAAAUAAAUGUGUUUAGUCAUAAUCCUAUAUUUCAGAGAAAUAAUAAAUUUACAAAGGUUUUUA